GAUAUAAAUGUCGAUAAUAAACUAUAAUGAGCACACAGAUUGUACUAGAUUUUUCAGAAGUGUACAAAGCAUUAUUUAUUACAUAUAAAUAAUUGAAUGGUGUGUAUCCAAAGUGAAAUAAGCAAAUAAAAAAAUAAUAAACCAGAAAAUCUUUGGCCUUUACGUGGCUCUUAGCAGACGGCAAUUGUUCUGGUGCACGAUGUUUUGUGUGUAAACAAAUCGGUGACAACACAUCACUCGAUGAUCAGGAUUCAGUAUGUAAAGAGGGUACAGGAAAUAUUUUGCUGUUAAUUGAGCUUUGCACGUUGACCGAGGAAAGAUAUCAGUUCGCUAUUGUAAUAGUGUAUGGGUGAUUUGUAAAAUUCACGCUAAAAGUGUUUGUGUAGUGGUUUUAUCUAGAAAAUAAUGAGAAUGUGACGGGAAACAGAUUUAUAGUAGGACAUUAUACUGAAGUGAGAAUGGGGAGGAAGAGGAUAAGGGCGAGGAAGCGUACAGGCCCGAAAGGAUUUAACCCUGUCAGCGCUGAUUUUAACCAGCAACCGAAACAGCAGACAUAUUUAAAGCGGAAACCACAGCCCUAUGUGAGAAGUACUCAGCAACUGGCAUCAGAGUCGUGUCACACAUUGUCUGGAAGUACAGCUACCCCAAAGGAAGCGAUAGAAGUGGACCCUACGGAUGAAGUGCUAAAUGUGAAACAAACAAAUGAAGCAAUAGUUGUGGACCUUACUAAAGAAGUGACAGAAGUGGAGAGUACAAAUGAAGUGAUAGAGGUGAACACUACGAAUGCAGCCGAGCUACUCACUACGCAACCCAGUAUUCUGUCAGAUACCUCACCUGAUCUCUGGCAUAAAGUUACCGUGAAACCAGCAGGAGGUGACAGAGUAGCUGUUCUCUAUGCCAUCAACAGGCAAAUUUCUCCACGGAAGCUCAUUCCAUAUUUUUAUUGUAUGGAGGAUGGACAUAUAACAUUCUUAGUGAAAAACUGCAGUGCUGCCCUCACAGCAUUGUUCAAACAGAACCUUCAAGUGCAAUACGGUCCUACUAAGAUUGAAUUGAAAGUCGAGCUUCGUGCCAAGAAAGUGAACCUCUCUGCAAUUCUGCGGAAAAUUAUCAGUGAAAGGCUCAGCUCUGAUGGGACUUUCUUAGACCUGUCACACCUGACUAGCAUUCCUGAAUUCCAACAAGUGAUGUACGACCCAUCAGAAAACGUCCAUUUGCAGCAGCAGUUGCUGAAAACAGGAGAAAUGUUCCCGAACGUCGUUAGUCUCAGUCUUGCAGGAAAUGGGCUGUUCACACUGAGCCAUCUCGCCACUGUCUUUGCUGAUAAACUGAAGUGGUGCUCACUAAAAGUAUUAGAUCUGACUGACAACAAGAUUACAACAACUUCUGAUUUGGCGAUCUUCAGUUCUAUACCUAUCAGAGAAUUGUAUUUGAACAAAAAUGCUGUGUGCGGGAAACACAGAAACGAUGAGACCUACAUAAGUGUCAUCAGAGUGAACUUCCCUCAUCUUAUUAAAUUGGAUGGGGCUUACCUUCAACGCACUCCGGGCUUGCCUCGGUGGCGGCCUAAUUACAUUUUCUGUAGGAGCGGGGGCAACUCGGGUGAGCUCGCCGACCAGUUUCUCGAGCACUUUUUCACGCUGUACGAUGGUGACGAUCGGACGUGGCUGUGGGAACUCUACCACGAGGAUGCCUACUUCUCACUCUCUAGCAUGUACCUUCCUGAUCAGAGCACAUCACGCGAUGCAAGGCUGAGCUCAUACAUAGCAGAGUGCCGUAACCUCUUGCACACAUCUGCCAAACUGAGGUCAAAGACUGCACUGGCCCAUGGGGCGGAGAAGGUCGUCAUGAGAUUAGAGAAGCUACCGAGGACUCGACAUGACCCGUACUCCUUCACUGUAGAUCUUCUACAUGAUUCUGACAAAAGUACUAUAUUGACUGUUACGGGUGUGUUCAAAGAGCAAAAUCCAAAACAGAAGACAUCGCCUCGACAUUUUAUGCGUACUUUUGUCCUGGUCAGACGACCAAAUGGUGAAUACCAGAUAGCUAAUGAUAUCAUGUAUGUUACAAAUGCAACAACAGAUGAGGCGGAGGAUGCAUUUAGAUUCACAAAGCCAAAUACAAACCUAAAGAAAAUCAGGCCACCAAGGGAAGUAACAGAGAGUGAUAAAAAUUCCAUGACAGAAAAGUAUUCACAACUUACCAACAUGACGUCUGAGUGGUCACACAGGUGCCUGGAAACUGCCCACUGGGACCUAAGAAAAGCACUCCUAUCAUUCAUUGAAAUGUACAAAGCAGGCAAAAUUCCAGUAGAAAGAUUCAUAAAAGCAAAAGAAGCUGCAAAAUCUUAAAAAGGGAAAAUCUGUAGACCUUCUUCAAAUACCUGUGUCUGUAUAGUACUUGAACCAGCUACUGACAAACGUUACACUCAUUGUGAAUGUGGUAAUUGCUGUAACUGCAGAAAAAGAUGCUGCAGGUUUAUCAGCAGGGAGCAGUGUGCUGAGAGUAGUUAAUCUAAUGUACAUUGUGUCAAAAGAAAAAUUCAGUUCAAAAAAAUAUUAAAUUAUGAGACAAAAUUACUAGGCAGUCCUUACCGUCAGCACUACUGAUACAUACUAUCCUAACUUUUGGAACUGUCAGUUUCUUUCACAGAGUUUAGAAGGGCAUAUCCUGGGGAAGGCUAAAAAGGAAGUUCAGAGCACUCUGACCUGAGGAUGAGAAGGAAUGAGCAGGUCAUUGAGGAUGGAUCGUCAGUGCUUGUGGUGAUGUUUAACCAAAUCGCUGUUGACCUAAGUAUGGUAAGGAAUGUUCUGGCAGAGUGUAAAUAGUUUAGGAGUAAAGGAGACAACCUGCCAAACAGGGGCGAGGGGUUGUGUGGAGUACGACAGGUAGAGACAGAAAUUUGUGGAAAGUGGGAGGAGCAUUGGGAAAGGCUGGCUGACAGCUCAGAGGAGACAGUCUGUGUGUGAGAUAAGAGUGAGACACGUGGGCACCAGAACCAGUAAGUUCACGUAAUGGACAGUGCCAGUUAUGUGGAGGUGUGGAUUGGAGGGGGGUGACAGGAAGGGGAGACUGUUGGGUAGAGAGUGUGGUGCAGUGAGUUAGCGAAGGUUUAGGCUGGAAGGAUUAUGGGAAUGAAAGUGUUAUGAGAAUAAUUGCUACCUGUGUGGCUCAGAAAUGAGAGCAGAGUUGACCACCCAGUAGUGGAAAACAUUAAAUGGCUGCUUCCCAGCCCUUGCCAUCUGGAUGCUUCCUCCCAGCACCAGUUUUUUUAAAACUACAUAAAUGGGCAUUUCCUCACAACACGCCCUUUAUUCCAUAAUCCCCCUGGCCUCAGUUUCUCCAACCCCACUGCAGACACCUUCUACCCAACAGGCUCCCCUUCCUAUGUCCUGUCGCCCUUCCCAAUCCACUCUUCCACAUCAACAGCAUUGUGCACUGCACAAACUCACCAGCUCCUGUGCCCAUGUGUCUCUUUCUUAUCCUGUGCAGCUGAGCAGUCGGCCAUUCUCCCACAAACCCUACCCCCACUUCUGCCCCCCUUGUCCCUCUAUCCACACCACUAGACACAACCCCUCACCCUAGUCUACCUGUCAUACAUGCAUACAUGUGCGUGUGCUUGGAGGGAGGGGGGGGGGGGGGGGGCACAUGUCAACACCAGUUGACAACUCAACACUUCUUCUAUUUGGCUAGUUGUCUCCUUUACUUCUAAAUUAUUUUGUCUCCUUUACCUCUAAAUUAUUUAUCUCCCUCUUCAAUUAACUUUGACCUGUGUGCCUUGCCAAUGCCAGUGAAUAUCUGUCAUUUAUGCUGGAUGUAGGUCUCAUAACAGGCUUCACAGAAAAUAAAAUCAGCAGUUUACACCAAAUUACACUAAGAAGACAAAGUCUUCAGACAACACAAGUUUAUUAACCAAAACCUGGUGCCAACUGACAUCGCUUUGGCUCAGUAACCUACAUAAACAAAGUAUCAUUGAUUAUUCUUCAAUAUUAAUUUGUUACAUGCAACAUUCAUAUUAUUAAAUUAUAUUUUGUAAAUACAAGAUCCAUAGUUUCCAUGACAUCCCAAAACUGGGGAGCUACAAAAUGCGUAUGCUCAUCUGUCACUGCUACCUUGGCUGUGUGUUGUUGCUUCUCGGACACCUGGGGACCUCAAAUACCAUCCGAAUAAAUUACUAGCACUAGCUAUUCUAACAUAAAAUAAUGCUGAAGUUAAUUACUCAAGAUAGUUAACAACAUAAUUUUUUCAAGCAACCCUUUGUUAUAUAUAUUUUACUUUGAUGUCACAUGUGGCGGCCUUUGAGAGACAUAAUUUAUAAGCACAAAUUUGUAGCCCCACACUGUGUCAUAGCACCCUCUCAUCUUGUAGUGUGAGUGAUUUUCCCUCCCGUUUGAAUUUUCCAUAGCUUAUUUCUCUCUCCUUCUCUGAGGAAGGAUUUAAUAGUUCUGAAAGCUAGUAUGUGUCAUGUACAUUUUCUUUUAUGCGUGUUUAUUGGCAACACUAAAUAUUUGGCCUCCUGAAAGUAAGCACUGGCUAGUAAUUUUGUCUGAUAAUUAAAUGUAAUGACCAUUAGACUGUAAGUAAGUAAACGAUUUCGUAUGUGAAAUCAGCCUUAAAACAUAAUCUCGAAGCCAGCUAUAUUUUUUGUCUUUGUACAUACAUUACAUGAGUUAUGUUCUGUGGCCUGUAGGAGUCUAUGUGAUGUGAAAAAUGUAAAUUUCAUUUUAGUUCACUACAAUAAAGAUAGAGAAGUUGGAAUAUAACUGUGCUAAU